AUGUCGUAUCAUCACCCAAAUCACCAGCGGCCGCCAUUGAUGCAGCUGCAGCUGCAACCUCAGCAGCAGCCGGUGAUUCCGGUGGUGCCGGUGGUGCCGAGGAAGCGACAAUCAUCAAAACGAAAGACACGCACAAAUGAGGAGUGGAGAGAGGAUUUGAAACAGAUCUAUGGGUCCAUUCUCCGGAGUCGGCUGGAUGGAAAUAUGGGUGCUACGCUCCGCAGCUACUGCUAUGGAACUGUGGGGAUGGUACCCCAGUACACAAGAAUCUCAGCUGUUUGGAAAGAGCUUGGUUUGGAAGAAUUCCUUUCCAGAGAAGUGCCUCCCGUGAACCGUGCUCUGAUUGAACGGAUUGAUGCCAAGUUUCCAGUUGCAAUUAUUGAGCAACACGAAGGCUAUGACAAUGAGAAAGUGGGCCGUGAUCGAAGACACAGCAAGAAGAAUGAAAAGAGAACAAGUGCAGCAUGGCGCAAAUUGCUUUCCGAAGUCUAUCAUUUUCUCUACGGGGCAAAGACCUCCGAUGUGGCUCGAUCAGAAACAGUCCGAUCAUACUGCCGAGAUGUUCUCAAAUCUGAGCAGCAAUAUCGGAGAAUAAUUGACUUCUGGACCAAGCUUAGGCUUGACAAAGAUCUUGAGAAUGGAGUGCUUCCGACAGAUUCUAGUCUGAAGGAAAAGCUGGCAACUCAGUUUCUGGACGUCCAGCUACUAUCAAGGGAUCUCCGGCCUUCAUCGAAUUCUUACUUCGACAACAACGAAGAAGAUGCCUUGCGUGAAUUUGUUGCAGCUUGUGCGAGAACAGGGUUUCCAGUGGAGAAAACAACCCUCAAAGAAGCAGCAGAUGCAUUUCUAGAAGCAGAUGGAAUUGGUGCUGGUAUCAACAGUAUUGGAGGCAUUAGUGAUGACACUGUUUCACGUAUUUACAAAGAGGGUCGUAUCAAAGCAAAGACCAAUGCAAAUCCCAUCGAUCCAAAGCGAGCCUCUCAGGCCGAUCCACAAGUUUUGAAUUGUCUCUACCAUCAAGCGGACGCCUGGGUGAAGAUGGCGCAUGAAAUCAAUCCGGACGUGUGGCCUGAAUGCCGCUACCCAGAUAUACCACCGCAUCGCAUCUAUAACACAGAUGAGCAGGGACCGAAUCCAACUCAGCUUAGAAAUCCUGUUCUCAUACCCGAAGAUAUGAUAUUGGGAAGGUCUCGACUUUUUCAGAAUACGAGAGAGGGCGAUGGCAAAAUGAGCUUUCACUACAGUAUCGCCAAUGUUGUUCGAGCAGAUGGCGCCCAAUACCAUCCUUUCGAGUCAGUGGAGGGAGCGCCUGCUCCAUACGUCCUCAUUUCAGAUGCUUCUAGCCAAAGUGUCCUCGAUACAAUGGAGAAAACAGAUCGCGACAAUCAUUUAGCCAACCAAACAGAGUCGGAUGAAAUUCAACUCAAUCCAACUGUUCUCGAGGGAUGGUUCGAUGACUACGAAGUUGGGAAGAACAACGCAAAAGUUAACAAGUUUGGUUUCCAAGUGAGAACAACGCCGUCUGGCAGUAUGUUGAAAAGGACUUUCUACGAUUUCCUCCUUCACUUCUCGAGUCAACUCCCUCAUGAUCAAGGCAAGGGUGGGCAAGGAGUUAUCCUCUUCCUCGAUUGGCAUUGCUCCCGUGAGUGCCCACAGUCACUCAUUGCUGCUUUCUUUGAGCACAACAUCUUGAUCAUUGUCCUUCCAUCCAAAACAAGUAUUUGGUCGCAGCCUUGUGAUAAUGGAAAGAAUGAAUUGACUGCCAUUGAUGUUGCUGGAGCCGCUCACAAGCUAGGCCUCUUUGUUGGCCAGUCGCUAGACUACUUGGAUGCCAAUCGAAUCUUCCGCGAAGGUCUGGAAAAGAAUUGCCUUGACCAAAACGACGAGUUGAGACGUCGCGGAACAAAUGCUGUUGUUAGCAGCUUUCGAAAGACAGGCCUCUACCCCAUGGAUUACAACAAUGCAGGUUGGCAGCUCGCUACUUUCAUGAAUUUCAAUCCACUCAACCAAAUGAUCAAAGAGCAGAGGAAACAAGCCGGCGAGAGGUUACCCGUAAUAUAUUGGGUUGUCAAACCUAUUCCACCUAAUGAGAGGGAUCCUCUUAGCGAAGAGGAAGAAAAUGCCAUCCGAAGUUUCAUAAACAAAGAAGAUUUCAUGUGCGGGGACAGCAACAAUGAUAAUGACAACGAGGACAACGACUUGGAUUCUUGUUCUUCGGGGGAUGGCAGUGGCAUCGACAUCCCGCCUCUCUUUCUCGCAGCAGCAAUUGCUGAGCACCUGCUUGGAACAUAUCUUGGCAACUCACAACGUGACCUUAACAACCCUCCUACACCCAAUGAAGACUACGAAAUAGCAGCAUUGAAGCUUGUCAAGUUUGUGCCCGUCACCGAAGACGUCCGUGUUGACACAACUUGUAAGCUGACAGCAGAACAAGUGGCCGAGCACAAGCUGCGAACCAAGUUGUCUGUUUUAAAGUUUGGACACUCAAUUAUUCUCCGAAGAAAGAAUGCUCCAGGUGAAAAGCUGAACUUGACAAAGCAGAAUCGAAAGCAAUUCAUUGUCCUCGACAAUGACAAGAGGGAGAGCCGACAAAUGAUUCCAAUGACAGUUCAGCAAAUCUUAGAGUGCUGCUAUGAUGGCGCUGAUGAUGAGUCUUACACUCUCACAAAGAAAGAUAAGAGAAAGGGCCAAAAGCAACAAAGAGUGGCCCGGAAACGCCUGAAUGAGUCCAUGUAUGAAGCCGCGAUCGAUGAAGGCGACAGCCAGAGACACGAUCGCAACGUCGAAGAGAUUACACGUCGGUUGAAUGUGAAGCGGCCUCGCUUUGCGCGGAAGCUACAGACGAUUCUAGAGGAAGAAGAUAUGGAAUGGUCCGACCUCUACAGUGACUUUGACGCUGUCUCAAUGUUGCCAUUUACCAGUGUGGUCAACGUGGCACAGCAAGGUGUUGAGAAGGAAAUCACAGUAUCUAGAGUUGGAUCCGAUGUUACUGCAGUGGGCCACUUGAUGCAGACAACGGUAAUGAGGCUAAUGGUCGAAAAGAAUGCAAGAGCGAACGCCAAUAGAGUCAAACGAACUCGAAAGCGAUUUGCUGGAGAAGAGUUGAAGAAAGAACUCCCGAACGAUUAUUGGAAGUGGGAUAAAGUAAAAGGAUGGCGUCGAGAUGUCUUAGCCAAGAUUAUGGGUGUCUACAAGUCGAAAUCAAACGUCACCGAGCUGAGCGAGGCAUUGAAAGCCUUGGCUCUUACAAAACCAGUUGUGGAGUCAAAGCUAACGGAGCUACAGAACUCUGUUCAUCAAAUGACAAAGGAUCUCUCAUCCAUGGUUGCACAACGAAGAGAGAAAGAAGACUUUCUUGAUGACACUGCAGAAUACGUAGAAGGCAUUGGCAACAGGAACAAUGAUGACAAUGAUAGUGACGACGACUGA